AUUGUCAAUGUGAAUAAAUAUAUUUUUACUUAUAGUUACAGCAAUAACAUCAAGUCAUUUAUCGGAUAUCAAGUGCCUAAUUUAUAAUUCCAUUCAAAAUAUGCAUUUCCAUAAAAAAUAAAAGGCGACAUGAUAAAAAACGAUAACUGUGAACAGACUAGUCAUAUAUAUUACCUGUUUGCGUAGUUUAAGUUUGUUUUAAUCAUGCAUGAGGCUUAUGAAGUAUCUCAUUUACUUAAUGCUACAGUUCAAAUAGAAGCAAUAGCUGCUUAUGAUGGAAAUCUCCUUUUGGGAACAAGGCAAGGGCAUUUGCUUAUGUACUCCUUGACAUCAAACAAUGGUAAUCAGAAAUAUGAAUUACAACUGCGCAGAUAUUGCAAAAACUUCAGCAAAAAACCUAUUCAACAAAUUGAAGUUGUACCAGAGGAUAAUUUACUACUUUGUCUUACCGACAAUGUUUUGUCCUCCUAUGAUAUAAAUGGAGUCAACUUUCCAUUAAUCAAGACAUUUUCUGAAACUAAAGGAGCUUCAAUUUUCGCAUUAGACAAUAAGUCUGCUACAUCAAUGACUGGUGAAUCAAAUUCUGUGGUUCAUCUUUGUGUAGCGGUAAGAAGAAAGUUGCAAUUAUAUUAUGGCAAAAAUGGAGAAUUUAAGAAGCACCUUUUUGAUUUUACCAUUCCUGAUGUCCCUAAAGUAAUGGCUUGGGGUCAACAGUACUUAUGUGUCGGGUUUAAGGGCGAGUACACUUUGUUUGAUUUGUCUUCACGAGAUCCAAAGGAAUUAUUUCCGACAAGCAGUUCAAAAUCAUUAGAACCAACAAUAGCAAAAUAUUCUGAAACAUCUUUUUUGCUUGGUCGUGACAACACAUCAGUGCUUGUAGAGGAAGCUCAGGAAAUUGAGAUUAAGAAAACUAUUAAAUGGAAAGAAGCCCCAAUAGCUGUUGUAUGGGAUGAGCCGUUUGUACUUGGCUUGAUGCAAGACCAGGUUGUUGUCCAAACAGUUGAGCCUGCAUUGUUUAUACAAACAUUACCUGAUUUGAAUAAAGCAAGACUGAUGUAUAGAUGUAAGCGUGGUUUGAUAUUUGUGUCAUCAGUGGGGCAAGUGUGGUGCUUGAGUUCUGUUGAUGUUAUAAAACAAAGGCAGCAAUUGUUGAAGGACAAACAAUUUCAAAUAGCUAUUGAUUUAACGAAUUUAUCAGAAUGUUCCGCAGAAGAAAAGAAGCAAACAAUACAUUCCAUUCAGAUGCUCUUUGCUCUCGAGCUGUUUGAUAUAAAGCAGUAUUCGCAAUCUAUGAAGGAGUUUAUAAAAUUAAACACCGAUCCAGCUGACGUUAUUAAAUUAUUUCCCGACCUUGAUAACAAACCGGGUUCUGAUAACACUAAGAAGCUGAAAGGGAAAGAUCUAGAAAAUGCUUUGAAUGCCCUGAUCGAGUAUUUAGUGGAAUUAAGAUCGAAACUCGGAAAAAGUUCGAAGGAUGCAAGCGGUAGUAAGGAGGAACCAGCAAUUCAAAGAAACGUAACUCAACAGCUGGAGUUGAUCGAUACGACGCUGUUGAAGUGCUACUUACAGACAAACGAUGCGUUCGUCGCUCCUCUUUUACGUCUGAACAAUUGUCGUUUAGAAGAAGCUGAACGCACGUUGCUGCAGCAUGGCAAGCACAGCGAGCUCAUCAUACUGUAUCAGACUAAAGGACAACACACGAAAGCGCUACAGCUGCUAAGAGAGCAGGCUAAACAGCCAGACUCCAGUUUGAAAGGUUAUCAUAGAACUAAGAAUUAUUUACAGCAUUUGGGUGGUGAACACAUCAAUUUAAUAUUCAAGUUCUCUGAUUGGAUAUUAGAAGAACAUCCAGAGGAAGGCCUAAAAAUAUUUACGGAAGACAUAGUUGAAGUGGAAAAUUUACCGCGUGCUAAAGUGCUGGACUUCCUUUUAAGAGAACACGACCCUCUAGUCAUUCCAUACUUAGAACAUGUUAUACACACCUGGAACGAUACUAAUCCCCUGUUCCAUGAUGCUCUUAUUAGUAUGUACAGGGAGAAAAUCACAGAUAAAAAAGCGAAUUCGACAGAAGAGGAGUUGCAACAUAUAAAAUCUAAACUGGUGGCAUUCUUGGAAAAAUCAUCACAAUAUACCCCCGAAAGGGUUAUAUUGCAUUUUCCAAACGAUACGUUGUUCGAAGAAAGGGCUAUUAUUUUGGGGAAACUGGGGAGACAUGAACAAGCUUUGGCCAUUUAUGUGCAGAUUCUUGGUGACGUGGAAAGAGCAAUUCGAUACUGCGAAACUAUUGGCGAGAAGUCGAACGACAAAAAUGUCGAUGUCUAUGUUAUUUUAAUGCGGAUACUGAUGAACCCCGAACAGUGUAAUUCGUUGAUUGGACCAUUGUCCAAUGUACAAAGACAUCCGAAGUCGUCCGUGCCAGAUCUGGAGACUGCACUUAGUAUAUUAGAGAAACAUGCGGAUAAAAUAUCGCCGAUAAAGGCGCUGUCGGUGUUGCCGGACGGGGUGCCGCUGGCGCGCCUGGAGCGCUUCCUGUCGGCCGCGCUGCAGCGACAGCUCACGCUCAAGCGCCGCACGCAGCUGCUCAAGGGCCUGCUGUACGCUGAGCAUUUGCAGGUUCAAGAACUAAAGCAAUUCCACGAAUCAAAAAGCAUAGUGAUAAAUGAUUACAACGUAUGUCCUGUUUGCAAGAAGCGCUUCGGAAACCAAAGCGCUUUUGUGCGAUAUCCCAACGGAGACAUCGUUCAUUACUCCUGUAGAGUUGAUAAGUAGCUCUGGAUAUUAUAAAAAAAAAUAUUGUCUUAAGAAAUGUAUUUAUAUAUUUAUUAAGUAUAACACAUGCCAAUAAAGAAAAUACUUAUAUAUUGCGGACAGUACUUAUGCUAGUCAAGUAAGGACAACAAAACUAUUUCAUUUUUGUUUAUUUCUGAUUAAACUCACGAUUUGAGAUACAUUAACCAUAUCAAUUUGAUUAUGUAAUGAGAUUAGUUUGAACGUUCUUAAAAGAGCUAAAGCGGGUAAGUGAAGUUAAUAAAUUGUAAUAAUAUUUAUUUAAAAUGAAUACGAUCGUCUUUAUGUUUGUGAACCUUUUAUUGACUGAAAAGGAAAGCCUGUUACAUAAAUAUCUUUAUAUCCAUUAAAUAGUAAGUGAGUAAGUGCGAGAUUGACCGCUAUUUAUAAAUCUAUUCUGUAUUGGCAUGGGUUAGAAAAUAAAAUUGUUAUUCAAGGUACUUGUAUUUCCUAUUCCAAUUGAAGGAAGAAUAAAGAUAAACGAACUUUAGAUUUACGUAUUCCAUGUAAUUUGAUCAUAUUGAGCCCAACUAACAGUUAUUUAUUAAUAUAUAGUUAUUUAUAAUACAACACUAUUCCACUUCACGUCAUUGAUUCCCAUAUCCAUAAUGAAUAUCAUAGAUUAUUCAAGCUCUCGACCAAUGAUAUCGCGUCAAUUUCAUGUCAAAUUUUGUUUAUUUGGAUUUUGUCCUCUUGUUGUUGGAAUAGGCAUGAUGAUGUGUUUCUGUAUAUUUUGGCUCUCAGUAUUUGGUUAUGAAACUUUCCUUAUGAUAUAAAAUAAAUUAAUAAAAUAGCAAAUGAAGAUUAUUAUCAUUAUGUAGGACCAUCAUUUUAAAAAUGUGUUGAAUUAUGCAAAACUUGUAACCAAUUGAAAGCGAUUUGAUCAAUUGAGUCAUGUGAUCUCUAUACGACUGAUAUUCUUAUGCGACUUUUUUGUAAAAAAAAAACCAUAUUUUAAAUUCUUUAGUAAUAUUACACUUCCUGUCUAGCUAUUAAAAAACUUUGAACUUUGAAUUUCUUUUGGCACUUAAUGCCUUAUUAAUAGUAGAAUUUCUCUUCGACAAAAUUUUGUAUAAUAAGUUGUUAGUAAAAAUAAACAAUAUUUAUACUUAUAUUGGUCAAAUUAUAAUCAUAAUAUGCUUUUAAUAAUAGCUUAUGUAAUGUAUUCUAGAUAGUAGAUUCUUCAUACCAUUCUUGUAUUUUGUAAUGAAUUUGAAUCUUAUAUACAAUAAAAUAAGAAUUAUUGUACA